AUAUUCACACAAUCACAGUGUCCAGUGUCGGUAGAAAUGGAAUAAUUAUGGAAUACGUUUAUACAGACGCCAGUGUAUUGACGUCUGGACUUGGUGAUGGAAACAACCUCACAUCUUCCUCAAUGGUUACAACAACUUUGGAAGACAGAUGUAUAACUGGAUUUAACGGUAUCUCUGCUGCCACAGCCCAAAUAGCGGGUAUUAUAGGACUGGGCCUCCAAGCUAAUAAAGACCUGUCAUUAAGGGACAUCCAGCAUCUUCUUGUUUAGUCUUCUGAACGCAGACAGCUACAAGAGAGGAUCGCAUUUACAAAGAAUGCAGCUGGAAGAUACUUUCACAGUGUGUUUGGCUUUGGUCUUAUUAAUGCCGACAAGUUUGUUAAAAAUGCACAACAACACCGCCCAACACCUAAAAUGCACAAGAAAAAGCUCCAGUGGCACAUAACCAGACCACCUCAAGCACACACACAGACGUUCGAGUUUUGUUAUGAAUGCCAAGCGUUAGAAUGUCCGACUAUGUUGGAGUAUGUUGAAGUUCAAAUGGAUCUUGAAGCAACAUCAACUGAAAUAAAAGUAGCACUUGUAUCUUCUGGUGGGACGACAUCAAUUUUAAUGGCUUUUAAACCUGAAAUAGGCAAGUCAGUGUAUGUACAGAAACUGCGAUUGUUAUCCAGUCAUUUCUGGGAUGAGAAACCAUUUGGUACGUGGCUGUUGCAUGUCCAAGACAAACACUCAGCAAGUAACAUUCAAGUAAGACAUUUAUCGCUUAAAUUUUACGGGACUAUUAAUCCAGCUAUUUUUAAGAACCGGCAAGAUUAUGGAAAUGUUUGCAGUGCAAACAACAGGACGAAAAGUGAAAUUGCUACAAACUCCUCAAUUGAAGUCUUGGCAAAAGAAAGGACGGAGCAUAAAAAAGAAAACAAAUACACGGGAAGCAAUCUUACUUUGGCCAUUAUUUUAGCAAUAGUUGUGACAAUUAUAAUAAUCGCAGGGGAAAUGUAUUAUAGAAAAGUUCAUCUUUCAGAGCGAUUGAGAAAUGAGAAAACUUAUUAUAAAAGUUAUCUCUAGAAAUUUAUCGUUUAAGACAGAUAUGUAAAGACUUUAGAGUACUUAAUGUUUUGGAAAAGGAAGAUUAGCAUUUUAUAACAGUGCAUUUGGUGUCUGAAAUACAUUACCUUACGAAAUUAAGGAAAUAAAUUAAAUUGGCCGUUUUAAGCAAGCAGUUUAAAGUCAAUUGUUGAGAAAAAGAUCCUUAGGCAAUUAUAGGUAACUAAAUGGUAACUUUCGAACCUCAAAUACUUUUGGUCGAAAUAAAUUUUUGAUGGUUCUUUUUCUUUCUUUUUGUUUUGUUUUGAUUUUACUGUCUGAUUUAACUUGUGACAUUAUAACGUUUUUUUCUAUUUCUAUAUAAAACGUUUAACCAAGGACACCAUUAGUUGUUUAGGCAAAAUAUACUUUCGUUUCUAGUAUUUUUACGUAGUUGUCUCAACUAGUUUUACAUAUGAGCCGCGUCAUGAAAAAACCAACGUAAUGCGUUUGCGACCACGUGAUCCAGACCAGCCUGCGCAUCCGCGCAGUCUGA